UAAAUACUGUAUAAACUUUGUUCACAAAAUCAUUUCAACAAAUAAUUGAUUGAAAUUAUUGUAAAAAAUACAAAACUAAUCGAUUGAUUGAUUGAUUGAUUGACACUUGUGAAGACAACAACAACACCGCAAACAUGUCAUUAGAUUUGGAUGACUUGAAUACCGCCGGAAUGGACAAAGAUCUACAAGACUUUCUGGUUAUUGAACAACAAAAGGCACACUUUCAACAACAGAUCCAUCGUUUGAAUGAAAUUUGUUGGGAUAAAUGUCUAACAGAUAAGCCGUCGUCRAAGUUGGACUCCAGGACUGAGACGUGUUUCAACAACUGUGUCGACCGAUUCAUCGACUCGUCGCUGGCCAUCACUCAACGGUUCGCCCAAUUGAUCCAAAAGCAGGCAAUGAAUUGAUAGAUCAUUUGGUUAUAUGUUUUAUAGUAAUAACAAAUUCAUUAGACUUAUUGAUUAAAAU